AUGAAAAACUGGAGAUGAAUAUGGUGACUGACAACCCUACUGUCUUCUACGUGACAGAUGCCGUCAGAGAGGAGGCCGCCCUUGGGACCGAAAUCUCUCAUCCAACGAUCGCCAGUAGCCAGUCCUCUUCAAGUUCCGAAAGUCUAAUUCAGGAGAUGGAAUCUAUAUACUCAAAUUACAUAAAGUCUCAUCAGAUCCACUGUCUAGACGAGAAAUGCAUGCAGUCAGCAAAGGAGAAGGAUCUAGAAGAAGAGAAACGGUUCGCUGGCAAACCGCACAGAACAGGCAGCGAGAGUGUAGGGAGCAAGUGUCUCUCCCCAGAGCAUCCCGACAGCAACUCUCCGAAGAGAAAGCAGCGGCGUUACAGGACCACCUUCACCAACUUCCAACUGGAAGAGUUGGAGAGAGCUUUUAGGAAGUCCCAUUAUCCGGAUGUCUUUUCCAGAGAAGAACUCGCAAUGCGCUUGGAUUUAACAGAGGCAAGAGUACAAGUUUGGUUUCAGAACCGCAGGGCUAAGUGGCGAAAGAGGGAGAAGGCUGGCUUGCUGAGUAAUAUACCUGGACUGUCUCUUGGUGCUCCGCUGGGUCUGUAUUUGGAUAUCCCACUGAACCAGACCAUAGGUUUGGAUCCAGCAUGGAGAUCUGCUGCACUUCCUGCCUUGGGAAUCCCUCACUCGUCUCCAGCUUUGAACCCAUCAGGGCUGGGCAAUCUGGGCCUGAACACACUAACCUGGGCUUCUCUUUUUCGACAUUCCCUCAUUCAGCCACAUUUCAACAGGUUUUUUUCUGCAGUGAACCCAUUAAUGGGGACAGCUUCAUUUCUACUUAAACCUCCAGGACAGGUCUUUGAUUCAUCAGCACCUCCCUUGAUGUUAGACGCUACCAGCAGCGAUCGGAAAUCCUCCAGCAUUGCAGCACUGAGACUUAAAGCUAAGGAGCAUGUUGUGCAUAUGCCACCACUUGACACUUAAACUGAUGCUUCUGGGGUAGGCCAUGGAUAAGCCUUUUGGAAAGGAUCCACCAUCACCUGUCCCAUCUCUAGGCUGGAUUGCCAGGAUAAAGCUGUUCCAAAGAAGGGGGCACUCUGAACCAGAAAGAAAAUUGUGCCUAGUGAUAAACAUAACUUACUGUAUGUCAAAGCAAAACCAUCUUGUGUUUGCUUUUCCUGUAACACCCAAACCAUACUGUCAGGUUAAAAUACACACAAGGCAAGAGGUGGGUGGCACUGAGCAAGUUAAACCUCAAAACAGCGUCAUUCCAAGGACAGAUGCUCUACAAGGUUUUUGCUUUCUGCAUUUCCCUUUUUUUGCGUUUUUCUUGUCACUUCGAAAUCUGUAUAUGCUUUUUUCUUAGGAUGUAUCUACCAUCUU